AUGACAAUAAACAUGGCCGAUCAUUGAUUGUUUUUUAGCUGUUUUUCCGGGUGUCAUUUUUGGGGAAUGAAAAGAGAGCAAAAUCAUGGAGUUGCAAGAUAUGUUUUACCCACAUUCAGACUUUAUUGAAACUGCUUCUGGUAAUAAAGUGAGCAGGCAGAGUGUCCUAUGUGGAAGUCAAAACAUUAUUAUUAAUGGAAAGACAAUAAUAAUGACUGACUGUAUGAUACGAGGAGAUUUAGCAAACAUUAGAAUUGGAAGAUACUGUAUAGUCAGCAACAGAUCUGUCAUCCGACCAGCGUUUAAGAAGUUCAGCAAGGGAGUGGCAUUUUUUCCUCUUCACAUUGGGGAUCACGUGAUGAUAGAGGAAGAUUCCAUUGUCAAUGCUGCCCAAGUUGGAUCAUAUGUUCAUAUAGGCAAAAACUGUAUCAUUGGUCGUCGCUCAGUAUUGAAGGAGUGUUCUGCUGUAGCAGACAACACAGUUCUCCCCCCUGAAACAGUUGUGCCCCCUUUCACUAUUUUUGCUGGAUCCCCAGCCAAAUGUGUAGGAGAGUUGCCCGAGUGCACACAAGAACUAAUGCAUGAUGUAACAGUCAGCUACUACCAACAUUUCAGAGCUCUAGGCAAAGGGAAAUAACCAAUGCUAAUUUGAUAAAUAGCUAAUAUACUUCAUGUGUAUGAUGUCAGGCUAUAAAGAAUUCUAAUUUGCUUCAACUCGGUCUCACUGCCAACGUGCUUCAGCAGUGUGUUAAUCACUAGAUAUGUUUUAAUAGCAGAAUUUCACUUCUGAAACUAAUCUUGGCCUUUGACUCAAGUACAAGACUUUUGAUAAAUUAUUUUGUGCAGCACAUGCUACCCCCACCCCCACUUGAGGAUGAAAAUAUAUGGGGUUUUUUUGUCCAACUCCAUAGAAAUAAAGAUGAAAAACAUGGCUUGUAUUCCCUCUAGAGGCUGUGACCCACCAACCACAUUAGGGAUCAUCUCUCCCCUCCAGUUCUCAUUCCCAUGGGGCUGCAUUGUGUACUAUACUGUUAUGGGAAAUUGUAUAUUAAGACCUCUUGCUUAACAUUCAAACUCAAUAACAAGGUUAGCACCCUGUCAUUCUGGAUACCAAACUGGUGUGACUUGAGCAAUGACAGUACUCUCACUGGGAAGAAUUGGGUUUGUAUUCUGGGAAGAAUUGUGUUAUUUUAGCUAAUUUUCAGAUAUGUAGAGUUUCCUUGAGAAUGAUUAAAUGUUAGUUUUAACAAGAUUUAUUAGCCAAAUACAAAAUCUUUUAGCCACUUUGUGUGAACAACAGGAGCAAUUGGCAAUGGGCAGGGUGAGCUCUGAAUCCUCUUGAUGAUCUUGCCAUGCUUGCAACAUCUGGUAUUUCCUUUCAAAUUGAAACUUUUCUUGGACAGGAAAUCGUCAUUUCAAAAACGGCCUAGCAGCUAAACACCCCCGACUCGCACAGACUUAACCCACACAAACAGUGAUGUAGCACUUACAUGUGCUCAUGUUCAGCUAAUGACUAUUGCUUUUCGGUCGGAGUGACUUGUUUUAAACUUUCCCCCUGCAGCAUCAUACAAAUUAGAAAAUUAAAAUCAGACUGGAGUAUGUUUAAUUUAAAAUAUACAUAAUGUGGUACAUUUUCCCUCCUUACAAGUGCAAUCAGUACUGUUUCUAGUUUUGGUUUUCGGGUGCUUCGUAUUUAUGUUUAUUAAGACUUGUUCAGAUAUGUUUGUAUUCUGUUAGGUAUUGUACCAGAAUCAUGUGUUUCCUAAUGGGAAAACCAGUAUUCUGUUAGGUAUUCUAUCACAAUCAUGUUGUUUCCUUAUGGAAAAACCAGUAUUCUGUUAGGUAUUGUACCAGAAUCAUGUGUUUUCUAAUGGGGAAAACAAGUAUUCUGUUAGGGUAUUCUAUCAGAAUCAUGUUGUUUCCUUAUGGAAAAAAACAAUGUUUCGUUUUUUUUUUUAGUAAAAUGAUGCAUAAGUUUAUUAUUUUUAAAACAUUAAAAAAAUUAUUAUUAUUAUUUAGCUUAUAACAUAUUUAUGGUAUGUGAAAAUAAACUUCAUCUGCUACAAUGUGUAAUUAUGUUUGUCAAUAACUAGUAUAGUUAGUAAUCUUGGUUUGAACACUCUUAAUGUUAUGAAUAGAUCACAUACUGGUGAUCCAUAUGGUUCGUGUGGGAGCAGGGAAAGUUUGUUUUAUUUUCUCUUUCAACCAGUGCUUCACAUCAUGUAUCAAAAGCCAUGCUAUUCGCAAUCCUGUAUUUACCUUCUGUUGAUUCACCCACUGAAGUUAAAAAUAAAGGAAACUACAGAAAGUAUAAAAUCUGUUUCAUAGAGAUUCAGAACGACGUUGGCCUUCAUACAAGCUGUUUAAUAAAAGGGGUGACUUCAGCUUUCCAAUAAUAUUCCUUCUGCUCCUGCCUUUACUGUUUAUAUUUUGCAACUUCUGAGAUACCUUAGGGCAUGCUUACCAUAUGCCGAUUUUAAAUACUGAUAUAUCGUUCUGGUAGAUAUGUUUGAUCAGGGUUAUAACAUCCAAGGCAGGCGCGAAUCCAAGGGGGUGUCACAGGGGUCCCUAAAUGUUUAUUAAUAUUAUCACAUGUAGACGAAAUCCAUUAAAUAGUCCGCUUAGUGGAGACGAAUACAUUUUUGAGGGUGAUGUAUAUCGAGUGUAGCCAAAUGCUGUCGACCGUAAGAAAAUUCAUGUCUAUUCUAAAUUGUUAAAUAAUGCAUAUAAACCCCGAUAUUUUGCAUCUUUAAAAUACCUUCACUUAAGCGACAGUCUCAAAGUUGCAUAAUAACCAAAAUAUUCAUAUUUUUUGUGACGUGACAGGACAAUAUAUAACUAUUAACGUAUUUGAACGACUGAAAAAUAUAUCCAAAUAAUUUUAUUUACAGGUUCUUUUUUAAAUUUGUGUUAUUAAAACACUUAAUAAUGAUGACCAAGAGGCAUGGGAGCAGAAGAAAACCCCCACAGCAUUUUGACAUGUUCCGUUAAUUAUCGUACCAACUCUAUGGAAUGGGGUUUUUCUCGUUCUAACCCGUGCAUCACAACUGGUCAAAGUGCGAAAUAUGGAAAAAAUCAAAUAAUAUACAAGAUCCCUUGCUGCAGUAGGAACAUGUAGCGGGUUUCCACUGAUGACUACGUGUCAGAAUUACCAAAUGUUUGAUAUCCAAUAGCCGAUAAUUAAUUAAUCAAUGUGCUCUGGUGGUGUCGAUAAACAAAACACAUUUUAACAAACUUUAAGUUACGAAAAUGGCCGGAAAUAUUUCCUGAAAAUUUUUAACAGUCCUUUGUUAUGACGUCAACAAUGCUAUGACGUUUUAAUUAAUAUGCUUAUUGCUGUCAACGCGAUACUACGUACAUUCUUCUGACUGUUUUAACUUCAGAAAUGUGCGAACAGAAUCGCCAUUUGUCAUUUAAUAAUCAUAUUUAAUUACAUUUGUAUAAAUAUAAAUUUUUAUAUCCAAUACUACCUACUGAUGACAGCUCACCUCUGUUCUGUUGCAAUGUUUUCAGCGAGUUUUGAGUGGAUAUAUAUAUUAUCAGUAGCUUUGUGGUAAGUAUUAUAUAUUUGUUUGAUUUGGUUUAUCAGAACCGUCCAUGGCCCUCAUUCUCCAUCCUGGCUAAGCUAAUGCAUAUUAAUGAAACUGUACAAGAAAUAUUAGCGAGGUUAAUUCAGUUCGGUUCAAUUGAAUGCAUUAAUUUAAACGUAAGACCUGCCCUCUAGGGUGCUGGAUAUGCGCACCACUCCAAAAUCCAAUAUUUAGCAGCUAAACAUAGUGCAUUUAUUAGUUUUUAGUGGGGAACAUGUUUACAAUGGUCAGCUUGAUAUUUUUGUGGAAGAUUACCAUGUAAAUAAUACAUGCUACUAACAUUCUUAGAGAAUUCUCUAUACUGUUAGUAGGUGCCUCUUUUAAGCAUUCCGCCUCCUCCAUUGAACCAUGGUAGGCGUACAUCCGCCCCUGCCUGUUUAAAAAAAAACCCGCAGUAUUUAAUACUAAUACCCACCCUUUCCCAUCCGCCAGCUUCACAGCCUGGAUGUGACCCCUUAUGGUUUUGAUGCUGGUUCCGUCACCGCGAUGUUAGUUUUAUCGUACUAGACACCCGGAGGCCAUUUCACGAUAUGAUGAUGCAAUACCCCAUGUUGACCUUGUACAUGCCUUUUGAUAUUUUUAAAGAAAAUAUUAUGCAUUGGACUUGAUGGCAGUAGGUUGUGCUCAUGACGAAUACCUGGGGCAGGAUAUGCUCACCUUUCGCGAACACCUGAUGGCAUCAGGGUUUUUUACAGUGAUCCACGAGUACGUGCCAUCACAGCUCUACAUAUUCCACUUGACUCUUAACUGCGGGUUUCUAAGCUAGUCUUGGGAGUGGCAGUCCUACAGGAGGUGCACAAUGGAUCAAACAUCGUGUUAAGGAUCUUCUAAGGGAGGGGCGGUCCUCCUAAGGGUGCGCCCCUGAUAGGGGAUCACGGAAAUAAUUACGACUUUGCCUAAAGGUUCCUUUGACUCUCUCUCUCUCUCUCUCUCUCUCUCUCUCUCUCUCUCUCUCUCUCUCUCUCUCUCUCUAUUUGCCUCUCCCCGUCUUUCUUAUUUCAGUUGUUUCUUGUCGUCCUCUGCUGACUUGGGGUCUAAUUCACAAAUCUUUCUAAGCAACAUCACAUUACCUUUGCAAGUAUUUUUGCAUUGCAUUGUGAGAAUAAAACAUUGUGACGUUG